AUGGGUAUCGUUAGCAGCAUCCCGGAUGAACACCCGACAUUGUACAUAAAAAAUCCAGACCGAUUUCAAAUCACAGAGAUAGUAGUAUCAAAUUCCGCCCACGAUCCUUAUAUAACAUUUCCCGCCUUAUCGAAUCGGAUAGCAGCCAUACCACAGACAAUAGAUCUUUUAGAGUUUACGCAAGACCCAGAGCUUCAAUCAAUAUCACCGAAUAAAUUUUUAUUAAAGUUGUUGAAAGAUAAAAACUUCAAGCUGAAAUUCAAAUUUCGUGUUGGUGGAAAUUCCACAAAUACCGAAGAGUUGAAAGGUUUAACUUUUAUUAAUGCAGCAAACGAAAAAGAGUUGGCGAGAAUACUGACUGUUGAGUUCAAUGUCGAUCCUAAUCUACACAGACAUGCGAAUGUAGCACUUUUAGGCGACUUCACUCCAAAAUCGGAAGACAUUGAGUGGACAUGGAAAUGGGUCCCUCCGAGUUUAAUGGAUGAAGCUCAUCAUGGUUGGCGUAAUCAUUGUUGUUUUGCCGAAUAUAAUAAAAAAGAGCAUACUUUUCAAGUCCUUGGAUCUUUUACAUUUUGGGUAGCUGCAUCCUCAUCAUCAUCUCCUGUGCAAUUUCUUCCUUCGUCAAGUUCUGAUCCCAAUCUUCCACCACCAACCAUCAACAUUUCGGCCGCAUCAUCAUCAAUAUCUAGUGUUGGAGUAGGAGGAAGGCGAAUGUCUGAUGACUCUAAUCAGCAUGAACCUGAAGAUGGUCCUCUCUUUCGGGCGACACUUUCCGAGUAUGAAAAGAAAACAGGCUCUCUCAAGCAUCAUGUAAAGAGAGUUUUAAAGACAGCCGCCGGCUCUCAUGAAGCCAUAUUAUAUAGUCAUAAAGCCGAUGAAGAUUUUUUGAAUGCACUUCGAGCAGCUGCUGUCGCACAUCCUCAGGCAUUCCAGCCACUUCUAGAUAAUUAUUUUGAAGAAGCAUCAAAGAAAAUAUCCACUUUCAAGGAAAACAUGGCACAUCAAAUGCAAUCUCUUCUUCUGGAACCCGUUCGAAGGCUGUAUGAAAACGACGUAAAAGUCGCCGAUACCAAGAAAAAGGAAUUCGAGGAAGAAUCUCGUGAUUAUUACCAGUUUUUAUCGAAAUACUUGUCAUUAAAAGUGGACUCGGCGAAAGAAAAGAAAAAACUCGAAUCCGAUUCAAAGUAUCAGAAUAAACGAAAAACGUUCGAGCUGAAACGAUUCGAUUAUUAUGCGUAUAUGCAAGACUUGCAUGGUGGAAGAAAAGACCAAGAAAUAUUGUAUCAUUUGACCAACUUUGCGGAAAAGCAGUACGUUUGUUAUCAGCAAACAGCAGCAAAUAUCCAAUAUCUCAAGCCAGGACUUGACAAAGUGGCGGCUGCUGUCGCAGAAGCUGCAAAAGAAAUAAAUCUGAUGCGAAAAGAAAGAGAAGAAAGAAGGAGGACACUUGAAACACGAGCAUUAGCGGUCAAUCCAUUUCCAACAGAACCAUUUAAUGAAGGAGACAGCACAAAUCAAAGUAUAGGAAGCACAUCAACGGGCGAUGCUGCAAGUGAUGACUAUUCGGCAAGUACGGUUGGAUCGCCAAUAACAGCGCAAAAUCGAUUUAAAGGUAUACGUGAUAUGGAACAUCACGAUACUGAGAAUGCAUUAUUGGCUGGCAGAAAGAAAGAAGGUUUCUUAUUUGCUACUUCCCGUGUGACACAUCAUGGUGCGGUCGAUCAGUUAACUUUGACAAAUUGGCAUAAGUAUUGGUGCGUAUUGGCAGGAGGGCAACUUUGUGAAUACAGUAAUUGGAAAAAACAACUUGAGACACAUAACGAGCCAAUUAAUCUACGAUUUGCCACAGUUCGAGAAGCUCGUGGCAUAGAUCGUCGAUUUUGUUUUGAAGUAAUCACACCUCAGUAUCGACGAAUUUACCAAGCAACUUCAGCAGAAGACAUGAACUCUUGGGUGACAGUAAUUUCAAAUGCCAUCGAAAGUCUCUUGAACGGCACAAGUAGUUGUCGCAAUUUAGGUCAGCUGUUAGCGCAAGAAGAUCAUAAUCUGAGAUCCGGUGAUUCCGUGAAAAAACCACUUAAACGAACAGGAACAUUAACAAGUUUAACGGAUAAAAAAAGGUUUGAACAAAGAAAAACGCGCUCGCUUGCCGCAAAACCUGACGACACUCAUUUAUCAAAUCACAGGAUUCCUCAGGACGGUGGUAAUGGCGGUGCCGAUCCUGCGAUUAUUACGGGAAAAAUUAUCGAUAUUAUCAAAAAUGCUGAUAGCUCAAAUUCAAUUUGUGCCGAUUGUGGUGCCCGCAAGACAGAAUGGUGUUCAAUUAAUUUAGGCGUUAUAUUAUGUAUCGAAUGUUCCGGCAUUCACCGUAGUCUUGGAACACACAUAUCCAAAGUAAGAUCGUUGACACUGGAUACGAUAUCUUAUACACCUGAUUUAAUAGAACAAAUAAAAAUGCUUGGCAAUGCUCGAUCAAAUGCUAUUUGGGAGGCUAAACUUUUAGCUGAAGUAAAAUCGAGCUCUGCAGAAACUAGACAAAAUUCUUCGGAUAACAAGUUGAAUUCAUCACAGAUGAAUUCCAUUAUACCACCAGACCAAUCAUCUUCGACACCACCUAAGGCGGAUGCGGCACCCUUACCACCUCCAAAAGUCGAUGAUAAAUCUCUACUAGGCACAUCACCAGAUGCAGAUUGGGUAGACAUUAUAAAUAUGAUUAACCCAUCCUCAUCUAGUAUUACUACUAUUAGUCCUUCUACAAAGAAACUUCCACCCGUUCCUAAACCUUCCAGCAGUGAUUCUCGUGCAAUCAAACAAAAAUUCAUCAUAGCCAAAUAUGUAGAACGUGCUUAUGUGGAUUUUUCACAAGUUGAUGAAGAUAGGACCGCAACAGAUUUAUUAUUUGAAGCGGUAAAGAAUAAUGAUGUUCCGGGCGCGAUGCAAGCGAUCGCAUUACGAGCGGAUGUGAAUGCUGCUCGACGAUUUGAGGUAGAGAAUGAUCAUGGCUUAAAAACACCGCUAUUAUUAGCAUUACUGCAUAUCAAGAAUCCGACAUACUCGGAGAAAGGCACAAAACAAUUAUUCCCUAUGGCGGAAUUAUUGUUACAGAACGGAGCAUUAGUAGAAAGGACAUUGGUUGAUGAACUUGAAGAUAUUCUCAGUAGUAGUAGUUCAAAAAAUUUAUCACGCUCCGCUUCUACAAAAAGUGCAGGUGCAUGGGCUGCAGAGGUGGUUGGGGAUCUUAAACGAAAUGGGAGAACCAUACUGGAGAUUGUGUACGCUAGUGGCAACGAGGCGGCCGUUAAAUAUCUUUUGCCAAAAGCUGUCGCACGGGGCACAUCUUCACCUACUCCGGGUCACAAUGAAAAUGGAUCAACACAGACCACGAGCACAGGUGGAGUAGUUGGUGGAACAGCUUUAGAGAAAAAGACAACACAGAAUUUAGGACGAUCUCUGUCAAUGUCAGUUCGAAAUGCUCUUACAUGA